CAGUCUUCAUCUCUGGCUUCAGUCUUCUCUAAGCGUUUGUUUACUGACUAUCGUGGCUCCGUCUUCUGCUGCGUUUACCUGUUCUUGCACCAGGUGAGCAACUUCGUCUGUUCUAUCAUUCCCUAGUUGAUCAAAGACCCCAGAAGUUGUGUAGAUAUUUCCGAUCGACAUCUAUAUUUCUAUUGCUAUCAAAGCCGAGAACACAGUGGCAAAUACAUUAUAAAGAAAAGCAGUGGAAAACAGUGAAAACUACGACGCGAGUGAAUUUUCCUUUCGAGUUCAACCACAUUCCGAGAUUAUUGGAAAACACCGUUCGGUUCAUUAGCCAUUGCUACAGUAAUCGCUCUCGAACCGCUCCGGAACCGCCUCAACGCCAAGCGGGCGAGCAGCUCCCUCGCCAGGUGCUCAUUAGCCAGUUCGCUUCCAACAACUUGAAAUUUAAAUUAAUUUCAUAAUUAGCCGGUGCGGCCGUAAUAAAGUGAGAAAUUUCAUUACGUCUUCGGAUCGAAAGUCAUUCGACAAGAAAUUUCUUUGGAAUCGGGGAGUAAUUAGAAGAAAUCGAAUCUCAGGCAUGUUAUCAUACCUGGAUCGUUAGUUCAUCAACGUGCAGAGAUCGCUUCUAUUUUUUACCUUUUGCGCCUCGCCUGCUGCUGCUCUUGUUGUUUUUGGAUUAACCUAUUGCAGACGCAGUUGCGAUACAGUUGCCCGGGGAAAACGUACAUGCACUCAACAGAAACAACACAAGAGUAAGAGCAAAAACAAAGAAAAAAUCGUCGAGAAACGGACGAACAGGUGGUCCAUUUUUUGGAUACCAAUCGGGGCUAAUCUCAAAGUUGUUAUCGUUAUUCAAAUUCAACACCAACUCGAUAUCAAAGCAAGUCGACUGAAUAGUACAAUACAACAAUGGCCGUAGAUAUUUCAAGAAGCCGAAGCCUAUCAACUUGAAGAAACCGAGAAAUUGAGGCUUGCCAAGAGCUUCAAACAAUUGUCUGCCAGUGAAGACUUCUUGUCUUCUUGAAAGGGCCUAUUACAGGCGUUUCAGUGUUCCUCCAGAAGCAGAAGACGUACUCUGACCGGCUAGCAACAACGGCGCUUAUCAUUGCAGCAAUCUUCAAGUGUACAUCAUCAUCAUGAGGGAGGAAGAGUUGGAGAUAGCAAUUAAGGUGGUGAUAGUUGGGAACGGCGGCGUCGGAAAGAGCUCCAUGAUUCAACGAUAUUGUAAAGGCAUUUACACAAAAGAUUACAAGAAAACAAUUGGCGUAGACUUUCUAGAACGACAGAUUGAAAUUGACGGUGAAGAUGUUCGAAUAAUGUUAUGGGAUACGGCUGGACAAGAAGAAUUUGACGCAAUUACCAAAGCAUACUACAGAGGGGCACAGGCUUGUGUUUUAACAUUUAGCACAACGGAUCGAAUGUCUUUCGAGGCCAUCAAAGACUGGAAAAUGAAGGUCGAAAAUGAAUGUGGAGAGAUACCGACGGUGGUAGUUCAAAACAAAAUUGACUUAAUGGACCAAGCUGUUGUGUCGCCUGAGGAAGCAGAAACUCUCUCCAGGAACUUAGGAUGCCGGUUAAUUAGGACUUCAGUGAAGGAAGAUGUAAAUGUGGCUUCGGUAUUCCGUUACUUGGCUACAAAAUGUCACCAAAUCAUGACACAGUCAUACAACACUAUAGUGCCAACUGGUCAACCAGCGAUAAGUGCUUUCAGUCCAACAUUUACGAAAUCAAAUGGAACGAUAAUUUUACGACCCGCGAAAAAAUCAUCGAAAAAGAAAGCUGUGCUGAAAAAAUGUCGAAUUGUAUAGAACUGAACGUCUCCGUUAUAGGACUAAUAUAUAAUUUGAAGUCAUUUUGUAUUUGUAUUUUACUCUGUAGCCUAAGUUUACCUAAUAGAAGUUAUAACUAUUAAUUACGAUAGUUUUUUGUAAAAUAAUUCAAUGAACGCCUUAUGUAAAAUGUUUGCUAUAAAUUCAAAAAGAAAAUAAAAAAAA